UAUUUAAGUUUAUAAUUUGUUUUGCAUGAUCCAAAAAGUGAUGCAUCGCCGAACCGAUUAGGGCUUCCUGUUGUCAUGGAGAUACACAGUAUUUAGAUCAUACGUAAAUUCUCCCCUGUGUACGCUGCAACUUCAUACGAGCAGUCCUUUCUUAUCUUUCUUCGUCUUAAUUUUAGAGAAAAAUCUUUUAAACAUGGUGUUGGAUCUUGAAUUGAGCAAGAUUACUGUCUCGUUGCAAGCGGACGAGAAGCACCGUCGCAGACGGGCGUUGGAGGAAAUAAUGAGCAACAUCUCACGGGAGGAGGUGUCAAGCCGGAUCGAUGAACUGGCCAGAAUAUGGGAGGGUACACACAAGUUCCUAGUCAGAAUCUUAAACGACAACGUGGAAACGUGUCGAGAUUUGACUGUGGAAAUACUGAAGAUAUUUCUGGAAGCUCUGCCAGCCGACGACAGGCACGUAAUCUACGUUAUACCGAUAAUGUUCAGACGAUUGGGCGCGCAGGAACAGAUCGAGCCGUCGGAAGAAGUGCGCUUGAAGUGCGUGUCUCUCUUGCACACGGUAAUCCUCAAGUACAAAGACUUACUGGUGCCGUACGUGCAGGAUGUGACGGGAAUAUUGGCACGCACGGUCACGGAUAAUUAUCCGGAUGUGAAGAAGGAGAGCUGUAGCUGCAUAUCGGACUACGCGAAGACUCUACCGAGGCACUUUUACACGCAGUCGGAACAUCUGAUAAAGCCUAUCCUUGGCAAUUUCACGCAUCAGCAUUACAGAGUUCGGCUCGCCGCUGUCAGGGCGAUAGGCGACACGAUUCAAUACGGAAACAGCAAGUUGAUGGAAGAAGUGGCGACUCCCAUGGCACAGAGGCUGUUCGAUCAAAGCGGGAUUGUCAGAGAAGCUGUAGUUGAAGUGUCGGGCCAUUGGCUGACAGAGCUGCCCGAUAGAUACAGCUGGUGGCACAGACUCCUUCCUCUGAUCAUGACUGGACUCCACGAUGAGCUCGCGGAGAUUCGCGUGAAGGCAGCCGAUAUGUGGGAUGCUGCAGGGAAAUUAUACCUACAAGAAAAUGAGAAUGACGAGAAGUUAAAGGACAAAAUGGACUUUCUCAUGGAAGGCUCGGAGCAUUAUCCUCCAGACGUCUGUAGGCCAAAUUUGGGAUGCCGUACGAUCGCGCAGCAGAAUCUGUACAAGCUUAUCAAUGGCAUUGGCGUCGAACUUGGGGACUGGCUGCCGGACAUCCGUCUACGCUCCGCGCAAUUACUCUGCGUGAUGAUACUGAAUGUUGAGGAGGACGUCACGCAGCAUGUCGAGAGGCUCUUGCCACCUAUAUAUCGUGCUUGCAAUGACGAGGACAAGAGAGUGGUGGGUUGCGUGGAAACUGCGGCGCGGUACCUAGGCUACUUUAUAGACCCGAAAAUUUACUGCGAAUUGGUGCUUCCCACUCUGGACGAGUCUCCGACAGCCGGACACUUGCGCGCUUUUGCAGCGAUCAUUGGCGGUAGCGAGCGACGAGCUCUCUCGUUGCAGCUAGAAAAAAUCGCGAGCUUCCUGCAGCAGCCGUACGUCUGCCGAAGCAAAAAGAGCAACUACCAACGUCAGAUGUUGUCCUGCUGCAACUCCCUCCUCGUAGUUUGCAGAGAGGACUGCGUCGUAGUUGCUCAGCCUUUAUUCACCAUAGCGUUCACCGCGUACGCGAUGGCCACGGAGGCUCCUGUUCGCGAGGAAGCGAACAGAUUGCUGGAAAUACUCGUUGCCAUAAACUCGCUGAAAACGGUCGAGGAUCUUUUCUGCAAUCACAUGAAAUGUCUAAUAACGUCGAUUCACGACGACUGUACCUCGUGGUCGGUUCAUAACGCGGAAUCGCAAAUUUUCAGCGCUUACUUGAGCCGUGCUGGAGUCGCCACGGCGCGUAAUAUGGAUCUCGUAUUGCCUAUCCUCAAGAAGACGAUGUGCAAAGACGCCGACCCCGAACUGAAGUUGCGACACUUUAUCCUACUUUCGGAGUUCUUCUCCGACAAUCAGAAUUUGUACCAAUAUAUCGAUGAUCCGCGUAAAUUCGUAGGCACGAUUAUUGAGGAGCUGAUUGUGCCCGGACUGAUUUGGACUGCCGGUAGAGCAGCGGAAGCUAUCCGCACAGCUGCCGUCUGUUGCCUCUGCGCCACUCUGCAGAACAAGAUAAUUAAUCCCGAUGAAGAAGAGAAAACUGAAGAAGGUUCAAAUAAGGAGCCUGAAAAAUGUAGAAUAUCCAUCACAGUGGAGCAAUUUCCAUCCAUUUUUGACAAAGUUGCACCCGUCCUAGUCAGUCUGAUAGAUGAUAAAGCCAAAAAGACCAGACUAUAUUCGAUGCGUGCCAUUUGCCUGUUGAUGAUGAUUGGGGACAGGUUGGCCUGUCUAAGUAACGAGUAUAUUCACCGUACAUAUCCGGUGAUAUUGAAAAGACUCGACGAUGGUUGCGACGAUGUUCGUUACGCUGCCGUGGAAGCACUCGUGGACAUCUGGAGCACCGCGUCUAAAAAUUACGAUACCGUCGUCAGCAGAAGUCACGUCGAUGCUCUAUACACGACGAUGAUCGUCCAUUUGGACGAUCCAGAAUCCUACUUUCAAGAGAUAAUGUUAGAUGCAUUAAAGCGUGUCACAAAGAUUUACCCUGAAUUGCUGCACCAAAAAUUGCAUGGCUGUCGUCAAAAUUUCAGAAACCAAACAGGAAUAAAUGCGCUUCUGGGGCACUGCCAAACGAUGUCUGACCCUACGGGUGAUCAUGUAGAUGCGUUGGACGAGGAAUUGGAGGUGGAGUCCAGCUACAAGCCUCCACCGGAGAAGUCCAUCGAGCAGAUCUUGGAAACGGACAAGGAGGAUGAGAGCCUACGCAAGUAUAAGGAGACGCUUCUGGGAGAAGCGAAGGCUGGUGGUAUCGUAGUAGAUCCACAUGAUCCUAGAAAAGUAAUAGUAAAGAAAUUGGCGCUGUGCGUUGUCGAUCGAUCUGACAUGGAGCUGGACUUGACUGGUGAUUUAGGACAGUUGAAGAAACAAACGUUUGUUAUUAAGGAGGGCGUGAGCUACAGAAUCAGGAUCGACUUCAUCGUUCAACGUGAGAUCGUGCACGGAUUGAAAUACGUUCAGAAAACUUAUCGCCUUGGUGUACCAGUUGACAAGAUGACACAUAUGGUGGGCUCGUAUCCUCCUAAGACGGAGAUUCAAUCCUACACCACUCCAGCCGAGGAUGCACCAGCCGGCGUUAUGGCGCGAGGUUCCUACAGCGUCAGUUCCCUCUUCACGGACGACGACAAGCAUGAGCACCUCAAGUGGGAAUGGGCGUUCGAAAUCAAGAAGGAUUGGAAAGAAUAGGUUGUCUUCCAUUCCAGCGAGAUAUAAAGGAGCAAAAGAGAGAGAGGGAGAGAGACGAUAAAUGCAACUCCUUAGCCUUACUACACUCUGCGAGUAAUAAUUAAGGACACAAAAUGCCAAAACACAGACGGAUGGAUUGGAUGGAUGAUUUUUAAUGAUCUUUAGUGCUUUAGUGGUCGGUGUUGCCAUAAGGUUACUUAUACAUAUAUUUUAAGAAACAAAAAAAAAGAGGAGAGGAUGGAUCGAAAUCGGUAUUUAUUAAGAAUUUUUCUUCACAAUCGGUUGGAUUCAAUGAUAGUACUGGAGAAUUGCAAAGUACACGUAUACACACACAAAAAAAGAACAUAUAUAUACAUAUACUUUAGUAUAUUAGUACAAGCAGACCUACACCGAUAGUAAUUAUUCAAACGACGUGCACGACGUGACAAACCAGUUUUCGAAGUGAGCAUUAGACGCGUUAUUAAACGAGAGACAUUUACAAUGAAUGUUGCACGAGCAGCAAUAAUAUUUAUUAGGGGUAUGAAAAAUGCUCUAAUGGAAAACCUAGAGAGGUUCAACACACGGUUCUCGAGAAGCGAUCAGACAUCAUUCGGUAUGUUUAUAAUACAUUCAACAUUUUUUACAGUACGCAUAAAACGUAAAAUUAUAUUCCGAGUGCGCAAAACUGGUAAACUGGUGCAGAAAAUAAUGCUGGUGAGAGAAAGAUUGCAACAACCAAUAAUAGUACUCUCAUUUUUUACUUCUAAAAAGCAGAAUAUUCUUAAUGACGAUCUUAAACGUGUUUACGAUCAAUUUCCUGCCGAAAAGUAAGUUAUACUUUAAUUAUUCUGAUCUGCAUUUCAAAUACGUCAGUUAUCAAUCUCUCGCGAGCAGAAUAAGUUUUACUAUCGCGCGAAACUGGUGGCAUAAGUUUAAUGUGUACAAUUAUGGCCAUACUAUUAUUUACAAUAAUAGAGAUUUUAAAAGAGUCUCCGCAGCGCAAUAGAUAGAUUUACGGUAAACGUUAUUCGUUUCAGAUCAAUGUUAUAUUUUAUUGUCUUACAGAAUAAUUAUUUUUAUGGGUAAAAGCCUGUGCGCUCACACAGUCAAUGUGAAUUUAUCCGAUCAAGAUAUAUCGACUUAUCCUCAUUACCCGACGAAUGAUUUUAUUAAUAUAAGUAUAAAGUAGUCCAGCAAUGGUGCACUUAUCAGUAAUGAAAAAUCUUGAUUACCAUAGAAAGGAUCAUGGUAUCUCGAUUUCCACACACUUCUUCCAAGUUGCAGAGAUUAUUGUCGGAUCAAGUGAGAAUACAAAUCCUGCACGUGCAUGUACGUACGACAAGUUUCGACAACCAUGUUCUUCACGAUGACGCAACAGGUUUAUCACAGAGUAGCUAGAAUCGUUGAAGAGCCCUAAUUGCCCUAAUUUGGAACGCGCACAUCACGAACGACCGAUCCGUGUAAAAAAAUGUUAUAUAUCGCGUAUGGCCAUACCGUGUUAGAGCUUGCGGUGUCAUUUCGAUCUCGAGUCAUUCGUCGUACCACGACCGAUCGUGUAGCUAGACUAGGAUCGCCACGCAUUUGUAUGAUAACGAGCGAUGACGAAGAGAGGAAUAUAUAGAGUUAUUAUAUAUUAGACGUUUUGUACCUUUACUACGAGCUUCAUGGAAGAAACAAGUAGAUUGAGAAUAGUUACCUCAUUAGAAAAAAGAAAAAAAAAGAAAUGUGACAAAGUAUAUAUUGAGAUAUAUAUGUGUACGCCCAAGUAGAAUCGAAUCGUCUCGCAUUUCAUUGAAGAUUAUAUUUUUCCAUUUACACGUGACGACAGUCGUUCUGAUUGUGCCCCGCAAUAACAAUUGUGCCUCCUUUUUAAUAUCGGAUUCCGUGGUUUUCUUUGUCGCUCUUUUUUUUUGUACAUUCGUAUAAGCGGAGAGGAAUAGAAAAUAUGUCUUAGAAUUGCCUGUGGAAUUAAUUACACUUAGGAUUUGUGUGUACUCUAUCAUACUUUGUAUAUCACGUGUAUUCAUUUGUAUUAUGUGACGCAAUAUAUAUAUAUAUAUAUAUAUUGCAUACGGCGAAUGCGAUUACUGUAUAGCAAAUAUAUACACAAUUUACGCCAA